GUUACGCUCGGGUACGCAUUAUAGAUUAUUGCUCGUCCUAUAUACUGACCCCUCGGUCUAUGUUAUAUGUACGUAGUCGUUACUCGUCAGGUAGUAGGUACUAGCUGUAUCGCCUAGACAGUCAGUUGUAUUCUGUUCGCCAGCAGUAGGAUCGAUACAUACCUGGUUACCUCUGUUCCCACAUACACAUGUACGGAUCUGAUCUGGUCUAGUACAAUCGUUCAAGGAAUCCAGUAACACACCAUACUGUUACCUGUCAUCCGGCUAGAUAUUCUGUGACCAUGGACACCGUGUAACACAAUUUUAAAGUGACGGUUGUACUUCCGGUAAAGUAAGAUAUGGGGAUGCUACUACAGUUCGGUUUGCUACUAUGGAAGAACUUCACAGUUUCCCGAAGGAGAACGUGUGCCACGGUAUUCGAGAUAGCCCUACCAUUGGCGUUCGCCUUCCUAAUGCUUGUCAUCCGCUUCCUUUCUGGCACCACGGACCACUCCACGGCGUUCACGUGGGAUCCAUUUACAGUGAGCGAUGUGGGUCUUGCCGUACCCUCCACGACGCGAACCAAAAUCUACUACUCCCCUACCUCCACAGCUGUUGACGAUGUUAUGUCGAAGGUGACCACGGCGUUGAACGGCAAUGCUACAGUGACCUCCUACGCCUCGUCAACUCUGUUACGUAACGCAUAUGACCUGAAUUCUGCGUCGGUGUGGGCGGCCGUCGAGUUUGACGAGUCGGCCGACUACACGUCUACCCUUCCUAGUCACGUGAAGUACUCACUGAGGGUAGCGCUGUAUGAGAAGGCAAACGAAAAGAAAUGGUACACGGACCGGUCUUAUCAGUUCUUCCAGGCCCCGGGUUACAGAAACAACGAAUCUAAAGCAGGCGAACCAUACUACGAAGAGACAGGGUUUCUGGCGCUGCAGUAUGCCAUUGACAAAGCCAUAAUAGACAAAAAGGCUCCUUCGAACACCCUGGGCACCACAUACAACAUACAGCUCAAGAAAAUGGCCUACCCGACGUUCGUGGAGGACGGCCUGACAGCCACCCUGUCUUCAAUUAUGCCCCUGUUCCUCAUGUUGUCCUUUAUCGUUACUGUAUUCACGGCCACUAAAAACAUCGUCCAGGAAAAGGAGACCAAAAUCAAGGAGUCGAUGAAGCUGAUGGGGAUGAGCCCCACCAUGUACUGGCUGUCUUGGUUCACCAAACUGUUUAUCUACCUGUUUGUCAUCUGCUUCCUGUUUGCACUGCUGUUCGGGGUCAAGGCCGGCGAUAAUGGCAGUGUUCUGCAGGCUUCCCAACCUUCCCUCAUCUUUGUAUUUCUUCUUCUCUUCGGCAUCUCAAUCAUCGCCUUCUGCUUCAUGAUGGCGACUAUAUUCAAGAGAGCCACGUCGGCGGCGUUCGCGGCGGGGAUCCUCUACUUCCUGUUCUACAUGCCACAGUUCUUUCUGGGUCGGUCCUAUGACACGCUCGGCAAGGGGGAAAAGGUGGCCAUCUCCCUGCUCAACCUCAUGGCCAUGUCGUUUGGGGUCACCACCAUCACCCUGUACGAAGGCACAGGUGCUGGUGCGCAAUGGUCUAACUUCCACCAACCUGCCACUGUGGACGACAAUUACUCACUAGGGGACGCCAUUGGCAUGCUCGUGCUGGACAGCCUAAUCUACUUUCUAGUGGCCUGGUAUUUGGAGAACGUCCGUCCUGGGGAAUUCGGAAUUCCCAAACCGCUUUACUUUCCGUUCACGAAAACCUACUGGUGCGGUGCCACGGCUGAGACGGAGAUGCUACAGGUCUCUCUUGACAAUAAAGACAAGGACAAAUUUGAGCCCGACCCCGCGGACCUUCGUGCUGGUAUCAACAUCAGCCAUCUGCGUAAGGUAUUCGGCAGCGGCAAGGAGAAGAAGGUAGCUGUAGCCGACACCUCCCUUAACAUGUACGAGAAUCAAAUAACAGUGUUGCUGGGCCACAACGGGGCAGGAAAGACUACCACUAUGUCUAUGAUUACAGGUUUUAUACCGCCUACUAGUGGGACGGCCAUAAUUAACGGUAGUGACAUACGAAAGGACAUAGAUGGCGUUCGGAGUAGCCUCGGACUUUGCCCACAGCACAACAUCCUAUAUGACAACAUGACUGUAGAGGAGCACCUGUGGUUCUUUGCAAAGUUGAAGGGAUGUCCAUCAGAUCAGGUCAAAAAAGAAGUGGACGAUAUUAUUGAGGUGAUGGGAAUAGAAGCAAAACGACAUCGCCUGUCGUCAACACUUUCCGGGGGACAAAAGAGGAAACUUUCUGUUGGCAUUGCCCUCAUCGGUAAUACAAAGGUGGUUAUACUUGACGAACCUACCUCGGGAAUGGAUCCGGCCGCGCGCAGGGAGACAUGGGAAAUCCUCCGGAAGUACAAAGAAGGUCGAACCAUCCUACUGUCAACCCACUUCAUGGACGAAGCCGAUCUCCUUGGCGACAGAAUCGCUAUUAUGUCCGACGGGGUCAUCAAGUGCUGCGGGACUUCAUUGUUCCUUAAGAAGUCUUACGGCGCUGGCUAUCACCUGGUCACCGUAAAGACAAAGGACUGUGAUGUAUCCAAGGUGACCAGCCUCAUACAGAGUCACAUUCCUAAGGCCUUCGUGGAAAGUGAUAUAAGUGCAGAGUUGUCGUUUCUGUUGCCAUUCGACGAGUCUGCAAAAUUCGUGAAACUGUUCGAAGAACUGGAGGUCAAAGCGUCGUCACUGGGACUCAGCAGUUUUGGUAUAUCCGCCACUACAAUGGAGGAGGUGUUCCUGAAGGUCGGAGAAGGGGCCAGUAAUGAAGACGAUGACGAGGAGGAAGCCCUGGAUAAAUCUGAAUCUGCCAAUGGUAUCGGGCAUAACGAUCACAAGCCUGUCGUCAUCAACAACGCAUUUCUUCUUGACGAAAAGAGGAAAGAUAGCCCGAACGGAACAAUGGACGUAACCACACAACCAGGGACGUCUACAGGUUCACCGGGUUCAAUGAAGAACACUGGUAUAAAAUGGGCAACCCAGCAGUUUUACGGUAUGUUUGUGAAGAAGGCUAUUCACAGCUGGAGAAAUAGAGUUGUGUCUAUAGUUCAGCUGUCCCUGCCCGUCGUGUUUGCAAUCUUGGCGUUGACGGUAGACCAGACUGCGCCCACUAACGACGAUGAGCCGCCUUUGAUCCUAAGUCUGACCCAGUUUGGAACAGGUGCAAUACCAAUCUACACAGACGGAACAUCACCGACAACGGCCUCAACCAGAAUCGCAAACCUCUACAGUAGCUAUCUGUCCUCCUUCUCCAAAGAAGACAUUGGUACCACGCCAUUCGAUACAUUCACGGUAGAAAAGGCGAACAGUAUCGGCGUGGAUACUUUUAGUAACACGUACAUCGUUGGUGGCGACUUUGACCAGUCCAACACGUUUACAGCCUACUUCAAUGGCGAGCCCUAUCAUGCACCAGCUAUAGCCUUGAGCAUUAUGACAAACACCAUGCUCCAAGAAUUCGCGACUACAAGUGACUAUAUAACUACAACCAACCAUCCCUUAUCACUGACACUAGCAGAAAAAAAUGAGAGCGUUGUUGUUACUGCUCUAGCAACAGGCUUUGUUGUUGCAUUUCUUGUGUUGUUUGGAAUGGCAUUCUUGUCUACCAGUUUCAUCAUUUUCCUUAUAAAGGAGCGCUCAACGGGAGCAAAACAUUUACAGAAGGUUAGUGGUGUAGGCUCCUUCACCUUCUGGUUGUCGAACUAUUUAUGGGAUAUAAUUAACUACCUGGUUCCCGUGCUGCUGAUACUAAUAGUUUUUGCAGCUUUCCAGACUCCUGCCUACGUCAACGACAAUCGUCUCGGCAUAGUUUUCUUGCUGUUCUUAAUAUACGGACUGUGCUGUCUACCAUUCGUGUAUCUGCUGCAUUACCCGUUUAAUGUUCCCUCUACAGGCAUGGCUGCUAUCACCAUCAUGAACAUUUUAUCAGGUUUGGCUACGUUGCUGACAGUAUUUGUACUACAAAUACCUGCGUUGGGUGCGGAGAGUGUAGCGGACGGGCUGGACUGGUUCUUUACCAUCCUGAUUCCGCACUACUGUCUAGGCCAGGGCCUCAACAAUAUCUACAACAACUACGCCAACCUACAGACGUGUCUGGAUAUCAACUACGAGGUUUUGUGUACCUUUAAUAACACGCUGCCCUGCUGCUCAGGAUGCACGAGCACUUGUUACGAAUUCACUACCGACUACUUUGCUUGGAAGUCUCCGGGCAUCCUCCGUUACAUCAUCUUCAUGCUGCUUCAGACUUGUCUUUUUAUAACUAUCGUGCUCAUGAUAGAAUAUGGCGUUAUCAACCGACUGGCUUACUUUGUUUCAAAUCGGUCAAAUGUGGUCAAUCCGAACGAGGAAGAGCUAAUUGACGGCAGCGAUCCGGAGGAUAGUGAUGUUAUGGAGGAACGAAAGAGGAUCCGCGACACACCCUUGGAAACACUCAUGGAAACCGACGCCCUUAUCAUAGACAAUAUAGCGAAGACAUACGGCAGCUUACGGGCUGUAAAGGGCAUCAGUGUGGGUGUGGGAACCCAGGAGUGUUUCGGUUUGCUAGGACAAAAUGGCGCAGGGAAGACCACCACUUUUAAGAUGAUGACUGGUGAUGUGUUUGUAAGCAACGGUAACGCGUAUCUCAACAAGUAUGAUGUUAAACAACAUUUGAACCAGGUUCAGCAGAAUCUCGGCUAUUGUCCGCAGUUUGAUGCCCUGAUUGACCAGAUGACUGGUCGAGAGACGCUGACCAUGUACGCUAGACUCCGAGGGGUUCCAGAAGAACAAAUCAAGACUACCGUCAAUGAUCUGAUCGAUACAAUGAUGCUUAGGAAGCACGCAGAUAAAAGCUGUGAAGUUUACAGCGGGGGAAAUAAAAGGAAGUUGAGUACAGCCAUCGCUUUGAUCGGAGAUCCGCCAUUUGUAUUUCUGGAUGAGCCCACGACAGGAAUGGAUCCUGGCGCUCGACGAAAGCUCUGGAAUGUGCUCUCUGAUGUCAGAGCAAGUGGAAGGACGCUAGUGAUGACGUCACAUAGUAUGGAGGAAUGUGAUGCACUUUGUACCAAGAUUGUCAUCAUGGUCAAUGGGAAAUUUGUCUGUCUGGGAAGUCCACAGCACCUCAAGAACAAGUUUGGACAGGGUUACACGUUGAUAAUACGGAUAAGCGGAAGUGCAGGAGAAGUGGUACCCUCUGACCCCAUCAAAAACUACGUUAUGGAAACGUUCCCCAAAGCAGAAGUGUUCGGGAAUCACCAAGGCUACUUACAUUUUCAAAUUCCAGACGCUAACAUCCCGUUGGCUAGAGUGUUUGAAGCUAUGGAACAGGUGAAGGACCAGUUCGACAUUGAAGACUAUUCUGUGAACCAGACUACACUUGAGCAGGUGUUCCUCGGAUUCACUAGGAACCAGUCAACACCGUCAAACAGCGGCAGAAUGAUUCGAUGUUGUGGAAUACGUUUUUGUUAAGUAGAAGACUCUAUGUAUAGAUUUAAACAAACAUGACUUAUUUACAUGAUUGUGGCGUCUUAUUUACACGAUUGUGGCGUGUUGUCAGAUACUUUGUUCGGAAACAUUUAUAAGUGUAGGAGGGAUUCAGGUACCUGUAGAAAGUAUGAAUGUGUGCACGUGGAAAACUUGUAAUGGCUGCUGAGGCGUAUCAAUGUUUAACUUUUAAAGUGACAUUUGUCAAGUGUAGAUGUGUACUACAGGACAUGUAUGUUACACAUGUGAUACUAUUUCUAUGAUAAGUACUGAUAAAGACGAUGGUAGUACUAUCAAACUAGAAACAGUUAUCCAGCAUGAUGUUACUGCUCUUGUCGUUAUCAGUAUUCUAUUGCUAGAAAAUGAUGUUCUUUGUUAACAAUUUUACCUGGAUCAAUUUUCCCCGCGUUUCUGCGAUAUUUUGUGGUGCCCAUACAGACGGUGGUCGCUGACAGUUGAAAUUGAUAUGAGAUUCAACAGCUACAAGAUCAUAAACUACAUGUUUUUACUUCCUGUUUGACAACGGGAACAAUCAAUAUUUAUUGACGCUUAAUAGUUAAUUGUUUGUUUUAGUUUGAAGUGUGAGCUAAAUGGAAUGGAAAUAUUAUGAUGAAUGGUUAACCAACAAUUAUUUUUCACGAAACAUGAAAUAAGUAAGAUUUGUGUGUGACUAUUUAGCUUGCACAGACCGGAAAUUGUAGUCGCUUUCCAGUUGUAACAUUUCGUCACCAGUAUUAUUUUCCCUUUAAAUACCAAACUGCUUAUUUUCUUAUGAAGCCCUUUUUAAUUGAAACAUGACUUUCGUUUUGUAAGUGUCAAUCGUUUACCAUUACACGAUAGGAUAGACGCACACCACAUGUGUUUUUAACACACGUAGAUCCCGUUUAAUGCAGUCAGCCUGUUUUAUGGUCAUGAAUACUUUUAACGUUUUCCUGUAUUUGUACAGUAUUACAUCGUGCGUUCUAAUUAAGCCUCGAAUUAGAAACUGCAUCACGUGAAGUUCAUAUUAUCUCAGUAUGUUGCAGAAUCGCUAUGACAGCAAGACUCGUCUGUUACUGUAUUUUGUUAUGGGCAUAAUACUUUAUAAAGUCUAUAUUUUUACUUAUUAUCAACUGUGAUGAUUGGUGUCAUACACACCAGCUUGAAAUACCUGUGAUAUUUCUCGUAUUGUUCUUUUUAGAACCGUAGGUAUAUGGACUGGGACAUUUACAAAGAGUUUUCCUUAUAAUCUAUACUUAUGGUUUAUUUACAUGUAUUUACUUUACUUAUUGUUUAAAGUAUUAUUAAGCCGACAUGAAAAUUAUGAUCGCGACAAUAAAGAUAGAUAUGAAAAGAGAAAGAGAGGUUUACAGAAUAUCGAUGUUUUUUUUUUAAAUAUUUGACAUGAAGGGCAAACUUCUGAUUUUCUGUUAUAUUAUUCCGUCCAAUUAACUUAGCUGAUAUAAAAGUUUAAAUGCAUAAGUAUGAUUUUAUCAUACUUAUCAUUAUUAUCACGUAUUGGGUAAGGAGGGAACAUAUACAUAUAAACAGUCCGUCCUGAUGAAGCCCUAGUAGGCAGAAAGGCCUAGCGGUAGAUCUUACAUAUCUAUUAUUUUAUUCAUAUAUAUAGGAGUUAUUAUUGUGCAAUUUGUACAACAAAUGAACUUUAUGUUUAUCUUGUAACAUAGACAGGUCCUGUACGGGCAGAUAUAGGUAGUCCCAUAACAAUUCCUGCAAUCGGUUUUAUGUCUUUUUUGCAAGAAGAUUGCUGUGAAAUUUAAAUCAAUUUAAUCAUGUCAUUAUUAUGUUUAAUUAAGUUGCUAUAAUAUGAUUAUUUUUAUGGUGUUUUAUUUUGAAGAAAACUUCAAUCAUUUUAAUGCAUUUUACUUUUUGUAGAACGGAUUUGAACAUGAUCUCUCAAUUUAGCAUUAAAACUAACAUAACACCUAUGUAUAACGACCAAUGCCAACAGAUUUGUAUUUGAUUGAAUUUACGAAACGUCUUGCCACUACAGUUGAACUGAAUGGUGCAAAUGUCACAAUAGAUCGUAAACUGACCAACACUAUCAAACUAAGCCACAUUCUGUUGCUGAAAAUAUAUCUUUUCGAUGAAAACAAAAAUGAUUUACCACUGAUCAUAGUGAGCACGUGUGUUUUUUUCAGAGCAGGUCUAAACUUAACAUAUAUCCAUGUAAGAUCAAAUGCGUCAGAGCAAAGAAAAAUAAUACUUCGAAGGGAAAUGGGGAUAUGCCCUUAUGUCUCCUUUUCAUACCUUCAUCAUCAUCCUUUGCCACUUCGAAAACUGGUUCCUUAGAAAGGACGGUUUAAUGGUAUAUUUGGAAGAUGAUAGACAUACAGCUGCUGUCCUCCAUUCAAUUGUCGAUAACCCAUACUCAAUGUCCUCCAAAACUGUCCUCCGUCCCUUUCAUAAAACAAAAUCAUAAUUUAUUUUCACCAAAUACCAUCUUUAUGUAGGUAUAGUCUUGAGUUUUAUCUAAAUUUCACCGUUAUGCUCUUCAUAGCUAUCAUCUUAAUAUCAAAGUUGUACCCUAAUCUGCAAUAAUAUAGCUAGUCACGUAUCUAAAUUCUACGACGAUGCCUUUAUCUGCGAUUAAAAAACUACCAUUAAAUAACACAUAGGUGUCCCUAUCUGCAAUAAUUUGGAUACCUUCGAAGUACUACGGUGGUGCACCUAUCUGCGAUAAUAUAGCUACCAUCUAAAUGUCACGGUGAUGCCCUGAUCUGCGAUAGUCUACACAUUGCUGCCGUCCAAAUACCAAGUGUAGUAUUUACAGUAUAUCCUGUGUAAGUUCGGGGAUAGAACAGUGUGUUAUGUGUGUGUGCAUUUCUUCAAUUUAUUAACAAAUGACAACUAGUCAAGAUUUCAAAGGGCAACACUUCCACUCAUGGUUAAAAGAUCAGUUCUUUUUUAGGCAUCUCGGGUGUGGAACAGCUUGCCAAAUGAUCUUCGGUUGGCUGAAAUUACAAGUCGUUUGCCGGAUAAUCUGGCCAAGUCUGCUCAUGUGCUGGGGAGAAUGAGUUGUCCCCUUUGGGUAUCAACAUGUGAUAUGUACAUUUUCCCCAUUCACAGUGCAUUUUACUAAUUUAACAUAACUUGUUUUUCCUUUAAUACCACGUGUUUUAUAUAGCAGUGAUCUGAAAUGCAUAAUAGUAUUGUGCAUAUAUAUUAACUGUUGUAUGCUUUGAUAAUGUUUGUUUUAUUUUUCAUUUAUAUGUAUGUUUGUCGCAAGAAUCUACGGUGCUAAUGUUGUCACGUGGUUUUCCUUUUUGCGACGUUAUAUACAAUUACUUGACUCUUGACUCGACUCUUGGUCACUCAUGGCUGGCACAUUCUUUUGUAUUAUUCAAAGACAUUAGAUAAAAUAAUACUUUGAACUUCAUAUAUAUAAACAUUCGAGUUUUUAUUUAUUUAUAGAGCUUUUAUUAAGAUUAAGUGUAAAAUCUGUAUUUCUAAAGUGUAUUUUAUGCAGUUUAUCGGGAGGUAGUAAGCUGUACUGGAUUUUGCGUACAGCCAUCAUGGUCUAAUGUUUGUCGAGUUGUGGAUUGUUAGAUAUUAGAGAUUUAUUUGUUUGAAAUUUUAUUUAUAUCGUUCUAAAUGUUAUUGUUUUGUGAUACUUACAAUGUGUU